AUGAACCGGACACAUCAUAUUGAAUUACGUCUUCUCUUAACUUGUCUUUACAUUUAUUUAAAUUAUCAAACAAUUGUAUAUAUUAAACAAGUUAUUUUCCAUUUUUCAUUCUUUGAAUCACCGUUCGAUCAGCCAUUUAUGUACAUUCACAUUCGAGCAACUGUUGGAAGUUGUGUUUCAUUGAUCUAUCGAUGUCUCCUCCUUUAUGCUUUGUGGAAGAAAAUGGCUGAUUUACUUCUGGUUUCAAUCAUUUUUCUUGGCGCUCUCGCAGGUCUUCGAGUGAUUUUUGACGUUUACGGAUAUUUCUCCGGCUACAUCAAACAAUCAUUAUACUAUCCAUUUCCUUCGUUUGAAACGAAACAAAUGACUGAAGAAGUUGUUGAUUUAGUCUUUGUAUUACUGAGAAAUUGUGUUGGGUUAGUGUUAAGUAUGUAUAUGUUUACAGAUCUGAUUAGUAAUCACACGUUAUCAAAUCAUGGGACAAAAGAAACUGAUCGUCGAUCAUCGAUUUCUGAAUAG